UACGGCGGGCGGCACCGGCCGGACGGUUAUCCCCCCCGGGGGCGGUGGGAGGCGGUGGCCCAGCCAGGGGAGGCAAUUUUAAGGCAAUACAGCUGUGAUGCACAUCUGUUUGAUUAAGAAGGUGCCGCUUUUUCAUAGUCACUUUGCAAAAUUAGCUGGAUUGAAAAGUAAGAAAAAAUAUGACAGAAAAAGCAAGUGCAGAUGAUUUUCAAGUUCAGGAUUUUCUCAAGAAGAGGAAAAAGAAAAAACGCAAAGAAUACAGUAAGAAACAUGAAAGUGAUGAAGGAAAAAGUAUACAAAAUGCAGAGCCUAGCCGUGCUUCUCCACUGAUGUUUGAAGAUCGAGCAGCACAGAGUGUUGAAGGCUGUAAAAAGAAGAAAAAAAAAGACAAGGGGGAGAAGCAACAGUCUUUGUUAGAUAAUUCUUGUGUAGGACUGGAACAUGAAAUUAGUAUUGAAACUGAAGUGGAAGCUUCCCCAAAGAAAAAGAAAAAAAAGAAGCGGAAGUAUGAUAGUACAGAUGAUCAAAGUGAUAUAACUUGUAUCACAGUAAAUCACCAUAGCACUGAUAAUUGUCAGGAGAUCGAUGCUGAUUACGUUUACUUAAAACAACCUGCUAAGAAGAAAAGAAAAGAAAAACAGCCUGAAGAGGAUGAGGUACGUGAGCUGUCCACCUCAGAAACAGAUGAUAAAAAUGACAAUAAAAGAUCAAAAAAGAAGAAGAAGAAGAAAAGAGGCAGUAGUACCCAAGAUAUGCAGGAAGACACAGAUGUAACUGUUGACGAGUCACUGUUGUCACAUCCAGAGCAAAACAGGCACGGGGAAGACACAGUCUCGCCGUUACCUGCAGAGGGUGGUGUGGCAACGCCCCACCAAUGGUAUGAAGACGGUGACUGUGCUACUUCUGCCCUGAGUGAAGAUUCUGUGGACGUACCUGCUAAUUUUUCAAAGCUGACUAAAGCAGAUGAUCAAUCUCCGCAAAAAACUCCAGUGCAGGCUAGAAAGAAAAUAAAAAGCAGUGCUUAUGUCAUGGAAGACAGCUCUUCAGAAUCUGAUGUAAUGACACCAGAGCCCUCAGCAUCAAAUAGAAAGAGGGACCAGAAUAGUUCCUUUACUAAAAUGGCAGCCCUUGAUGAGCUUAGUCUGCAUGAUGAAGAGUUCCUGAACUCUACCGUGUGUUCGGUCUCAGAUUUGGAUACUGCAAAACAAGAAUUAGAAGAGUUUAUUCCUCACGUGAGGAAUAUAUCGGACAAUUCAAUCAGGAAGAUGGCUGGAAGAGACCUAGCGAGGUUUAAACAGUUUAAAAAGCAAGGUAUUGCUGUCAAGUUUGGCAGAUUUUCCCAGAAGGAAAAUAAUCAAAUCCGGAAAAAUAUUGAAGAGUUCUUACUGAUUACUGGAAUAGACAGUGCUGAAAAACUCCUGUUUACCUCAAGGUAUCCAGAAGAUAAAGACACUAUCAAUCGCCUUAAAGCAGACCAUCUUUUUUGUGAAAAACUUUCUGAGGGCAUACCACGACCCUGGAGGCUGAUAUAUUAUCGAGCAAGGAAGAUGUUUGACUCACAUAAUUAUAAAGGGAGGUAUAGUACAGAAGAAAAAGAAAAAUUAAAGAAGUAUCAUGCUCUGCAUGGGAAUAAUUGGAAGAAGAUCUCUGAGUUGAUGUCCCGUUCUAAUCUCUCAGUUGCUAUGAAAUACUCUGAAAUCAAGUCGGCUGUUAAUUAUGGUCCUUGGUCAAAGGAAGAGACUCAGAAGUUAAUGCAUGCAGUGGAGGAGGUGAUAAGGAAAAGAAUCGAAAAGGAAGAUGGAAAUUCUCUUUCAUCAUCGGAAAAGUCACAUAGAGAGAUCUCGAUUGACCGUGAGGCACUGUGCCAUAAACUACCAUGGACUGAGAUUGCAGCUAAAGUGGGAACUCGUUUUUGGAGACAAUGUAAACAGAAAUGGACUACAGUUUUGACAAACAAGAUGACCAAAGGGCAGCAGCUAUAUAGGGGGACCAAAGGAUUACAGGCCAAGAUCAAUCUUAUUAAAAGGUUGUAUGAAAUGAAGGUGGAGGAUGAUAAUGAAAUAGACUGGGAAAAACUCAGUAAUGCUAUCGGAGAUGUCCCUAAAGCCUACGUUCAAGCAAAAUUUUAUAAGCUAAAAGUCUCCUGUGUUCCUUUGUGGCAAAAAAAGACUUUUUCUGAAAUUAUUGAUUAUCUUUUUGAAGAGAAACUUCCAGAACUUGAAGAACAGUUAGAAAAAAGGAAGGGGAAACGCCUUCGUUCUGGCAAUUCAACAGCCAGUCAACAGAAGAAGGCUUUCCGACUCGGUGACAUUUUUGACUCCAGCGAAGAGAGCGAUUAAUUGACUGCCUUAAAAACAAUUCCUAGUCUGUAUUUAAUGAUAAAGUGGAUCUGAAAGUGGGCAUAGAUCAACAACCGCAGGUACACAGGUUAGCUAAUAAUGGAAAAACUUAAGAUAUGGGUGUCUGAUUUCCCUGUUUCAUGCAGUUUUUGUGUCACCUUUUAUUACCUUUGGUUUUAAAAGUCUUUUUAAGCAUCCAAGCUGCUUUCUGAAUGUCUCGAAAAUGGUAUUUUUUCCACUUUUUUUUUUUCUGUUGAGUUGGAAGCUGCUGUUUACCCGCUGUGCAUGAACCUGGUUUUCAGAACUUCAGUGAAUUUUAAACCAUUUUAAAAAAUAAAUUCUUGGAGUUGGGAAAAGGCUCAAACAAGGACAGCUUUCAAUUUGCCUUUAAAUAUCUAUAAUAAAUAAAUCUUAAGACAUCUGUGUUGAUGGAAACAGCACAACAUUGAGUUUGGGUUUUUUAGCAGAUAUCUUGUUCUUAAAAGCAACCGAUUUUUAUUUCUGAUGUAGACUUGUACUUUUGUCAGCCCUUCCAGAGAAAAGGGCUUUUUGUCCAUUACUGUUCAUAAAUUGUAAUGUUAUCUCAUUCUAAUCAGAACAGUGCAUUUAAAAUGCUUUUAAAAUCUGGAAUGUUAAUAUUUGGAAUACAAAGACAAAAUGGACAGUGUGUAUAUAUAUAUACAUACAUAUAUAUAUUUUUAUUGUGCCAAGGACAAUUUCUACCUUUUUAUAAGACAGUUGAGGGAUAAGAGGGAGGUUGUACGCAUGUCAUUGUAUAUUUUUGACUAUCUCCUAGAGUGAUAUUUGUAAAUUGACCGAAUGAAUGUGUUAAAAAAAAUAAAUUUUACUCUGCGUGUGUGUUAAAGUAUUUGUAUGGAUGGUUAGACCAAGUCUUCUCGCGUUACUUUCUCUGACAUACUGCUUUGCGAUGGUCGCUUUGAUAAGUGAUAAUUGCCUUCUCUGAUAAUUAUCAUUGGAAACGCAGAACUUUCAAUGGCUUCAA